CGUUUCAAAACCACUGAUUGAUUCUGGAGAUCGAUAAAGUCACAAUUUAUCACAUACCGUCGCGAUGUUUGUUUCAAGAUCUAUCCCUUUAAAAGCAUUCAAAUCAAACACCAGCCAAUCAUUUUCGUUUUGUGGGGAAAGAGAACUAUUGAGCUGUUAACAUCUAAUAGCGGAAAUCAUUUCUUUCUUUCGUUAUGAAAGGGAGAUGAACACUUGCGAGAUAGGAAAAUAACAGACAAGAGUACUAGCCCCUGUCAUAGCUAGCAGUAAUUAAGACCACAGAUAUUGACGGCCAUGACCUCUGUCCAGCAAUACCAUGCUGUCUAUACGUUAACCCAGAACCAGACUCUGCAAAGUGGAAGCAGAAAUGUGCCGUUUUUCUCACCUGAUUUUGGCAGAGGCGCCACUGGAGAGAGCACAGCAAGAACUCAGAGUCAGCGAGAUUGUUUCUCUUGGAGCCGGGACGCCGAAGACGCGAGUCAUGUGCACGAUGUGAACCAAGACACAACAUCAAGAAGUUACUCAACCUUUGGCUGUCAAAGACACGGCGACAAAACAUUGAACUAUUCCAUGUCGAGGUUCAAGCGCUUGGAAUCCCGCUUUCUGCUGCCUUUGACUCAGCCUCGUCACGUGACUUAUCCUAAGGUGAAGGUCCAACAAGAUCCCCUGGAAGAAAAAGUGUCAAGUCCUGAAGUAGAAUCAACAGUAGCGUCCCCUGAAGCUUGGUCACCUGUCACUUUUUAUGAAAAGCCUCUAGUCAAAUUUCGUCGUGCUAUAAGGAUGAUCUUGAUUGUACUUCGUUUCACUUCCAGUAGCAGAGAACGCAGCCAGCGCCUCUGUAACAAUCAGUCGGCGAAUUUCCUGGGCAGCAACUGGACAGCCUCAAAAAGUGCUUACGAAAUGUAUGGUAUCAGCUUCGAUCCUCAAGAUUUCAAAGCCAGAAGAGAGAUUCCAGUUAGCGCUGAAGCUAAAGCCGUGCUGUCUCUAGAAACCAAUAAAAGAACCCAACAUCAGCUACGUCUGGCCCUGGUCUCCCUGCGCCAAGCUGUUAAGGAGUUUAGUGAGUUCCCCAUCACAAUGCAAGAAUCCCUGGUCAAAGUCGGCUGGUACGAAAAUUUUGAAGCGAAACGUGUGAUUAUACGACAAGGUCACACAGCGGAGAAUUUUUACUUUAUACUGUCUGGCACAGCCGCUGUGGUGAUUCUAGAAUCAGACAAGCAAACAGGAGAACAGGUUCCUAGAACGGCAGCAUUCCUUGGCAGAGGUAAAAGUUUUGGGGAGUUGGCACUGAUGCACAAGUCACGCCGCUCUGCCACCGUCACGUGCAAGGAUGACGUAGAGCUAUUGGCUGUUGGCCGCGAAGAUUUCAUCGACAUCUUCAUGCACGUGAAGGAAGGGGUGGAGCCAGAGCACGUGAGCUUCUUGAGGACUGUGCCCAUUCUCCGAGAAUGGCCCAUACACGUGUUGCCUCUGGACGAUCCCACAGCUCUUCUGUUCACGUAUGUAAGACGCGGGGUGCUACUUUGUAAAGACAGCAACACUUCCACCUGGCUCUACGUGGUCAAAAGUGGACACUGCCGAGUGAUCAAAGCCCUUCGAGCUGUCAGCCCUGUCAAAAGGACUACGCCAAGAGACCUUUCUAAACUAGAUUCGCCCAAGUCCAAGUCCAGUCUGUCUCCAUUCCCACGUCUACCAAACAUUGGGGAAGCAAAGGCUAAAAAAGGGGCACUAGGAGGAGGUGGUGUUGAACAUGUUGGGGCGCACAGUGGUGCUCAUGGUGGUGCACAUGUGCAGGCAUAUCGCCCUUUGAGUUUAUUGAGCAACAGAGAUCCCUGGAUAGAUGAGAGAAACAGAUUAGAGCACCUGCAGACACUGGAUGCUAUUUUAGAACAGCAAAACAUACAUUUUCAAUAUAUGGCUCAGAAUAGAUCUAGUGGAAAUCUCGACUCGCCUUCCAAAAGCCCAACCCGUGACAACAAGGACCGCAAAGUGGUGUUUGUUGAGGUUAUGAAACUAGGUCAACAAGAUAUCUACGGUCUUGAGUCGUGUGUUUUCGGGCCUCUAAAGGAAACCACUAGCACGAGUCUUGUAUCUGAAGGGGCGGAGGUCAUCAUGAUAGACAGAAAGUAUUUUAUGGACCGCACCUCGGAGGAAUUGAGGAAGAAAAUACGUGGAGAGAUCCGACCGCUUCCUUCUACAGAGACGCUACAGGCCCAACUGGACACCAUGGUCAACUGGGAAGUGUACAAACAGCAAACGCUGAAGGAGGCUCUUGACUCCAGGAGGAGGAAGAAGUCCAAUUCUGAUAAACGAUGACACAAGAUCUGACCACUUCUACCAACUCAGCAUUUUAUCCAAACUCAGGACUAAAGAAUUAAAAAGAUCAACCGUUGUUCAACUAACCUAUUCACAUCAUUCUUCAAUUGACCUAUUCACAUCAAUCUUCAUAUGACCUAUUCACAUCAUUCUUUAACUGAUCUAUUCACACCAUUCUUCAACUGACCUAUUCGCACCAUUCUUCAACUGAUCUAUUGACAACAUUCUUCAACUGACCUAUUGACAACAUUCUUCAACUGACCUAUUGACAACAUUCUUCAACUGACCUAUUGACAACAUUCUUCAACUGACCUAUUGACAACAUUCUUCAACUGACCUAGUGACAACAUUCUUCAACUGACCUAUUGACAACAUUCGCUGAAUCAUCUUAUCCUUAUCUACUCACUCAUUGUAAUGGAACCCGAUGUUACAUGUAUAAAAAUAGUGUAACUACCAUAAAACCUUUGACCUCUGAGAGGUCACCACUUGUGACGUCAUUGCAAUCCAAGUUUGUGACGUGGUCUGUUAGACUGAAGUGAUGAAAUGUUUAGUUUUUAUUUCGUUUAGUUUCUAUUGUUACAUGUGAAAUAAAUAAAGAUAAAU